AUGCUGACCCCACUGCUGAGCCUCGGCAUUUUCAAGCGGCUCUUCAAAUUCCUCAUUGGCGUAGUGCCAUGGAGCAGGAGUUUCAGGUACUACAGAGGAACGAUACUUGGCGCUUGGUUCCUCUGUGUUGGUGUCAACAUCAUUGACUCCAAGUGGGUGUUUAAGGUAAAGAAGCAUGCUGAUGGUUCUAUUGAGCGAUACAAGGCACGGUUGGUGGCCAAAGGGUUUGAACAACGGUAUGGUCUUGAUUAUGAGGAUACCUUCAGUCCAGUUGUCAAACCUACCACCAUUCGCCUGCUUCUGUCCUUGGUUGUUGCCAAAGGGUGGUCUCUGCGUCAGCUUGAUGUUCAGAAUGCUUUUCUUCAUGGGGUCUUGGAGGAAGAGCGUCCCGAGGUUACUAUGUACCAGCUGGUUUAUGUUGAUGACAUUAUUCUUAUCAGCUCCUCAGUGACUGCCGCUGAUCGUCUGUUGUCUGCUCUGAGUGGUCAUUUUGCUAUCAAGGAUCUUGGUGCUCGCCAUUACUUCCUUGGUCUGGAGUGCAAGCAUGCUACCAUCCCUAUGUCUGCGACUGAUCGGUUAUCAGCCUUGGAUGGUGCCUUGCUUCCUUCGGAUGAUGCUACAAAGUACCGCAGUAUUGUUGGUGGCUUGCAGUACUUGACUAUCACACGGACGGACAUCUCCUAUGCGGCAGCGUUCUGUCUCCCAAAGUCGCGGGUGGCCAACGCCUUCCAUAUAAAGCAUCCGAGCCGGAGCUGUGAGCAUCUAUCUAGCGCUAGUGUAGAUUUUCCUUGCGCCACAGAGCUGACAGCUCCCACAGAGGCUGGGCGCACGGGAAUAGGGAGGAGGUGCGCACAACCGCCGGCACCGACCAUGCCGGAGCCUGCCCCGGUGAUCAGGCGGAUCCGCAAGGAGCUGAAACAGCUCUGGAUCGACCCGCCGGCGUUCUGCCGGCCCGGCGCGUCGCCCGUGACGGACCUGUUCCACUGGGAGGUGAUCAUCGACGGCCCCCACGACAGCCCCUACGCCGGCGGCACGUUCCCCGUCGACGUCGCCUACCCCAAGGACUACCCCUUCAAGCCCAUCAAGCUCACCUUCAAAACCAAGGUGUACCAUCCCAACAUCGGCCCGGAGGGGAAGAUGGUGCUGGACAUCUUCGGGAGGGGGUGGUGGCCUAAUCUCACGAUAAGGACGGUCCUCCUGUCCGUCGUCUCCAUGCUCUACGACCCCCUGCUCGACCUCCCCGUCCGCCACGACGCCGCCCGGCUGUACAAGCGCGAGUGGGGUCUCUUUGAGCAGAAGGCCAGGCGCUGGACUCGCAGGUACGCCUCGGCGCCGGUCGUCUCCUUCUAUCCGGCGGCGACGGAGACGUUCGAUGAGCUGCUGGAGGAGGUGGCGACUAGUGGGGCAGUGGCACGUCGUCGUUCUUGUGGAGCAGGGAAAUGGCGUUUCUUCGGGGGUCGCCUCCUUGGCGCCAUCUAAUACGUGCUUGUGUUCAGCCAUGAGCCAUGCACCGGGAUGAUCGCUAAAAUAAGACUGAGCACAAGUUAAGUUCACCGGGAGAAUGCUUGCAUUGGACGAUGUCCACUGAGUAUCUAGUAGUAAUUCGUAAUUUGUAUGGAGUGGGUUGUCUCAAUUACUAGUCAUGUUUGGUGAUCUAUGAUAUGAUCCUUAUUUUAUUACUACUUCCUCUAUAAAUAAAUAUAAGAGCAUUUGGAUCACUAUUUUAGUGAUCUAAAUGCUCUUAUAUUUCUUUACGGAGCAGUACUAUAUAUUUUUAACGGUGUCCAGUAAUUGUGGUCUAUGAUCCUUAUUGGCGUUGGUGUGAACCUCCUUGUACUGCACUGAGGUGAUUGCAACCAAGUUAACUGUUCUGUAGGUGGAGGUUACUUUCAUGCGUGUGUAGGCAACUUCUGAGAAAAGAAAGUAUGGUAUUUGUGCCUUGUUCCGUAUUCGUACGAUGU